AUGAGUUGGAGUAGGGUGCGUUAUGGACAGAAGUGGUUCGGAAACGGCUGUAGCGAUAUCCUUACUGCCCCCUGCUUCGCUGCAGGCGCCCAGGUCUCCCUGGUCUUGUGCGCUGCAUCGCCCUCUGAAACGUUUCCCCUUUGCCGAGGCAGGGACAUUGCUGGGUCCGCAGCAUGCAGACACUGUGCUGUGACACUGCUGCCCCACGAUCCCUUCCUGUGCGGCCCAGGCGGAGGUGACUCUCCCCGGGUGUGCAGUGAGCAGGGAUUUUGGAGGACCCUGGGAUCAUUCCUCAGUGAUGGAGAAGUCAUCGCUUCAGUUUCUCACGAGUCACUAACCAUGGAGGAUGUAGCUAUGAACUUCACAAUGGAGGAAUGGGCUUUGCUGAAUCCAUCCCAAAAGAUGCUCUACAGGGAUGUGAUGUGGGAAACAUUUAUGAAUAUGACUGCUAUAGGAAGGACUUGGGAAAAACAUCAAAUUGAAGAAUACAAAUAUUUCUCAAGAAAUCUAAGAAAUGAAGAGGUAGCAAAAUGGUCUGAAUAUAAACCUUGGAAUCAAUAUGAAGACCUAUUCCUUUGGGCUUCAGAUGCCAAUAUGGACAUGCAACAAGCUGCUUUCAACCCAGUUGAGAACUUUGCUUGGAGAGAGCCCCCAAUUGGGCACUUAUCACAAAAUAUACCCAUGUUACCUCAUAUUGACAUGAAGUCAGAUGAAUAUUUGGGAUUUGAUGACCAUCUGUUUACAUUUAAUGAGCAGAGAAAAACCUGCCAUGAUCUCCAGUCCUUUCUAAAACAUGCAAAGACACAGACAGGAAACAUGCCUUAUCAAUAUGAGCAACAUGGCAAAACAUACUCUGAAAGUAGUAUAAUAACUUACCUUGUAGAGAAGACCAUUGUAGAAAAGAAAAGCAUGGAAGCUUGCAGGGCUCCCAGUGGUAUUCAAAUUUAUGAAAGUAUUGACACUGGAAAGAAACCAUAUAUAUGUAAGCAAUGUGGGAAAACUUUCAAUACACAAAGUUCUUGUAAAAUUCAUGAAAGAUUUCAUAUGAAGGAGAAACGUUAUGUAUGUAAGCAUUGUGGGAAAGCAUUCAAAACACACAAAGACUGUCAAAGACAUACAAGAAUUCACACUGGGGAGAAACCUUAUGUGUGCAAGGAAUGUGGAAAAGCAUUCAUUACAAAGAGUUCUUAUAACAUACAUGAAAGAACUCACACUGGAGAGAAGCCUUAUGUGUGCAAGCAAUGUGGAAAAGCCUUUUCUACAAAGUAUUAUUAUAACAUACAUGAGAAAGUUCACACAGGGGAAAAACCUUAUGUUUGCAAGCAGUGUGGGAAAGGAUUCACUAUGCAGAUUACCUGUAAAAUACAUGAGAGAAUUCACACUGGGGAGAAACCCUAUGAAUGUAAGCAAUGUGGGAAAGCAUUUAGCACGCUCAGUAGCUGUAAAGUACAUGAAAGAAUUCACACUGGGGAGAAACCCUAUGUAUGUAAGCAGUGUGGAAAGGCAUUUAGCACUCACAGUUAUUGCCAAACACAUAGGAGAACUCACACUGGGGAGAAACCAUAUAUUUGUAAACAUUGUGGGAAAACAUUCACUACACGUUUUUUUCGUCAGAUACAUGAAAGAACUCACACUGGGGAGAAGCCUUAUGUGUGCAAGGAUUGUGGGAAGGCAUUCACUGCAUACCAGUACUGUCAAAAACAUGAAAGAAAUCACAGUGGGGUGAAACCUUAUGUUUGCAAGCAAUGUGGGAAGGCAUUCACUUUGCAGAAAACUUGUAAAAUACAUGAAAGAAUUCACACUGGGGAGAAACCUUAUGUGUGCAACGAAUGUGGAAAAGCAUUCACUAGAAAGUGUUCUUACAAAAGACAUGAAAGAGUUCACACUGGUGAGAAACCUUAUGUGUGCAAACAUUGUGAGAAAGCAUUUACUACUUACCGAGAGCAUCAAAGACACGAAAGAACUCACCUUGGGUCAAAACCUUAUGUUUGUAAAUACUGCGGGAAAGCAUUUACUACACAUGGAGACCAUCAAAGACAUGAAAAAACUCACACUAGGGGGAAGCCUUUUGUAUGCAAGCAGUGUGGAAAGGCAUUUACUACCAAAAGCUAUUCCAAAAUACAUGAAAAAAGUCACACAGGGGAGAGAUCUUAUGUGUGCAAGCAGUGUGGGAAGGCAUUCUUUACCCACCAAUCUUGUCAAGUACAUGAAAAAAUUCACACUGGGGAGAAACCAUAUGUGUGCAAGAAAUGUGGAAAGGCAUUCACUAGGAAGAAUUCUUAUAAUGUACAUGAAAGAAGACAUACAGGGGAGAAACCUUAUGUGUGCAAGCACUGUGGGAAGGCAUUCACUACACGCAGAUACUGUCAAAUACAUGAAAGAAGUCACACAAGUUAAAAUUCCUAGAGUGUCAGCCUUGAAAAGAUUUGCUAAUUCUCAUUUUAGGUAUAUAUAUAUAUAUAUAUAUAUAUAUAUAUAUAUAUAUAUAUCUCAGUGGGUAGAAACCUGUUUUAUAUAAGCAGUGUGGAAAAGAGCAUUCAAUGAACAGUUUUUUAUCAACUACAUAAAAGAAAUAUCCUGGAAAGAAACCCUAAAUGUGUGAGCCUAUUUUGAAAAUCUUGUGAAAAUUCCUUAUAGAGUGGGGGCCUGUGCAAGUUUAAUCAGAUAUUUGAGGUCAUCACUUCUUCAUAAAUUUUCCAGAAAAUACAGUCCCAGAUGGAGAUGCCUUAGAAUGUAUUCCGUCUGUGUUUUUCAGUAAAUCACUUGUAAAGUCUGAACAUCUGUAGUGCUUAAAAAUAUCUUUAAUGUUUAAAAAAAAUUGACGUAAUAUAUUUUUAUGUAAGCCAUUAUCCUUGAACUUAAAAUAUAGUGUCUUCUAAUUAAACAAGGAAAACUGAAAUGUAUUUCUCACCUGUUUUUUUGUACUGAGGAUUGAACUUACAACCUCGUGCUUGCCAGGCUGGCACUUGUGGUACUGAGCUAAAUGCCUAACAUAUUUCUCACUUCUAAGUAGUUUAAUAUUCAUAUAGUUUUGAUUUUGUUUUGUUCCUACUAUUAGUAUUGAGCAAUACAAAGGUGUAUUUUUGUAGUAAUGUAAUUUCCCUGUAGUUUUGAUUUUAAUUUUCUGUUUAUGAACUUCUUAUUCUUUAAAAAAAUUGUUUUUCAACUUCAAGUUGUAGUAUGUAUGAGUAUGUAUGCAAAUUUAGACGUGAACAUACAUUUUUGAAAAAAGUUUGUUUUCACACAACCUGUAGAGUAGCACAUGAUUUUAUUUUGAUAACCUUAGUAGAAACCUGGAUAUAUCCCAACAUACUUAUAUCAAGUAUGUAAUAUCUAUUUUGCUUUCAAGUCGUCAAUAUUAUGAUUUACAUAGCUUUAUUUCCAUCAGCAUUUGACUUUUCAUGCUUAUAGUGUUAUGACUUGUCAUAAUUUUACCACCACUUAUACCUAAAAAUAAACCAACCUGCUGUUUUUGAUUGUGCAAGA